UUCCGAUUAGAUAAACAUCAGUAUUUUCUCUCUCAGAAAUGCCCAAUACGGGUCAUUCAUGAAUGAGGCAGAAUGACCUGCUCUCGUUUGUAAACUAUCUAAUGUUUUUACAACCGGGGCAGGAGGAAUACGAUAACAUACUAGCUGUGUGUUUAGUUUUUAGAAAAAUAAUGUUGCAAAGAAAGAUUUGGCCUAUGUAUUUAUACGUGUGUGGGGGUUUGUGAUCAUAACUAUACUCCCAAACACGCGACCAAUUAACAAAACCAGAGUUGUUUAUUAUUUUUUUAUUAUUAUUUUUGUUGUCAUAGUUUCUAAGUGUAUUUUCAAAGCUAUCAGCCCUAAAAUCAUGCAAUAAACAGAAACUGUGAUGACCUUCACUCCUGAAAGUAAUUCAGAUACGUGCCAGAGCUCUGUUAAAAGCAAUGAGCUGUACAAUAGAAAGAGUGCUGGCAUAUGCAAAAGCUCUUGUGGAGAGGUUAAGAGACCACGACAAUGCUGCUGAGGUGCUAAUUGAACAGACAACUUUCCUUAACAAACGUGUUGAAGCUAUUAAGCAGUACCAGGAGGAGAUCCAGGAGCUGAACGAGGUGGCGAGGCACAGGCCCCGCUCCACCUUGGUCAUGGGAAUCCAACAGGAGAACAGGCAGAUCAGGGAAUUGCAACAGGAAAACAAAGAGCUCCGGACAUCCCUUAAGGAGCACCAAUCAGCCCUCGAACUCAUUAUGAGUAAAUACAGAGAGCAGAUGUUCAGAUUGCUAAUGGCUAGCAAGAAAGAUGACCCCAUCAUAGUUACAAAACUAAAGGAACAACAUUCCAGUGAAAUUCAAGCCCACAUAGACAAGAUCAACGAAAUGGCAACAGUAAUGAAAAAAGCCAUCGAGCUUGAUGAAGACCGGGUUUAUGAAGAAGAAGAACGCAUUAAACAACUAGAACUUGAAAACAAUGGACUGAGAGAACUACUUCAUAUUAGCAGAGAACCUUUCUUAACCCUGAAGAAAGAAGACACAUCAGAGAGCACCUCUCUAUCAGGAUUAGUAACAAGUGCAGACCUGAGUUUGAGGAAAAGCUAAAGAAUCUCUCGGAAACAAUGCACUUUCAUCUCAUAGUUCAUUAACCACAUGGCGGGAUAACCAAAAUCACUCAACACUGUCACGGUACACCAGAUUUGUACGAAAAUUUCAGGGUUUCUGUUUUUUACUUUUUGAUUUUAUAUAAGUGGUUGAGAAAGCUUUGGUAAAUAUUUGUGCUUUACAUCUGUCUGGUUGUUCUGCUUAGUUUUGUUUCGUUUCUUCAUCUUCCUGUUUUAAAUUCCUCAUGUUUGUGUUUUUUAAAAACAGGUGCUUGUAAUAAGAACAUUUUUACAACAAAAUGAGUGUUCAUGGGCACAUGAGUACGAGUGGGUUGAAAUGUGAAAUAUUGUAGUUGCAGAAUGAGUGUACUGUGACGGACAGUGUUAGGCAGUUCAUCCAGGUUUUGUGUCUGUCCCACACAAGAGGAACAUAUAUAUAUAUGUAUUUAAUGCAAAUGGUAUGAACAAACCUGAAUAAAGCACUGCUCCAAAAACAAGAUAGGUGGUAAAUAUUUGUAUACUGAAGGUAGUAAAAUGAUUAACCAUAUUAUAAACGUGUGAUGUAACCACACAACACAGCUAAGAAAAUCUUAAUGCUUACAAAUAAUCCGUAAAGUGGAUUGUUUUACUAUACUUUUAAUAGGAAUCGUAACUUGUUUGACUUAAAGCAAUUCAAAUACUGACUGUAGCAGUAGUAUUUGACCAUAGUGAACUGAUGGGCAUGUUACUUAACUGAAAGGUGUUUCUUAGGUUUGUUACCAGCAAUAACUCAGUGUGUAAUAAAAUAGUGCAUAGUUGAACAGUA